AUGGACGGAAAGAGGCAUCCAAGCUCCUUCCAGCAGCUGGAGAAGCUAGGCGAAGGGACCUAUGCUACUGUCUUCAAAGGUCGAAAUCGCCAAACUGGUGAGCUGGUCGCCUUGAAGGAAAUCCACCUCGAUUCGGAAGAGGGCACGCCGUCGACGGCGAUCCGCGAGAUUUCACUUAUGAAAGAGCUCAAACAUGAGAACAUAGUAGCCCUCCACGAUGUUAUCCACACCGAGAACAAACUUAUGCUCGUGUUCGAGUUUAUGGAUGGCGACCUGAAGAAGUACAUGGACACGCAGGGUGAUAGAGGCGCGCUCAAGCCCAUGGUCAUCAAGUCUUUCAUGUACCAGCUGCUCAAGGGCAUCGACUUCUGCCAUCAGAACCGGGUGCUUCACCGGGACCUCAAGCCGCAGAACCUUCUGAUCAACAGCAAGGGCUCGCUCAAGCUCGGAGACUUUGGCCUUGCCCGGGCGUUUGGGAUUCCGGUCAACACCUUCUCCAACGAGGUCGUUACGCUGUGGUAUAGGGCUCCGGACGUCCUUCUAGGCAGCAGAACCUACAAUACCAGCAUUGACAUCUGGUCCGCCGGCUGUAUCAUGGCAGAGAUGUUUACCGGCAGGCCCCUGUUUCCCGGGACAACGAACGAGGACCAGAUCGUCCGCAUCUUUCGCAUAAUGGGAACCCCGACAGAGAGAACCUGGCCGGGCAUCACACAACUGCCAGAGUACAAGACUACCUACCAGAUGUACGCCACGCAGGAACUCCGCAACAUCCUUCCCCAGAUCGACGCUACGGGCAUCGACUUGCUCCAGAGGAUGUUGCAGUUACGACCAGAGCUACGCAUCAGCGCCCAAGACGCCUUACAGCACCCGUGGUUCAACGACCUGAUCUUGCAGCACCACCAGCAGCUGCAGAUGUUGCAAGCCCAGCAUAGGUCCUAUCAGCAACCCGUUCCCAGCCAGGCCAACUACAACGGCUACUAG